AUGACUCAGGACGCCCCCCAGCAUGCCGAACUCCAAGUUGGUGCAGUCAGUACGGACGCUACUACAGACAUGACCAAAAGCGCCACCUCCAAGAGCUAUGUGACAUUCACCCCGCGUCUCGGGCAAGACUCGGGCGCGUCUAUCGACCAAGGCAGUGUCCAAGAGCAGUAUAGGACAUAUAAGAUGCGUUGGCUCGGGCUUGGGGUAUUGACACUGCUAAACAUGAUGGUUAGCUGGGCGUGGCUCACAUUUUCACCCGUCGUCUCAGAUGCAGCUGAAUUCUAUCGCGUUGACGAAUCUACCAUAAACUGGCUAAGCAGCAUCUUUGUCUUCGCCAACUUUGCCAUGACAUUUGUUACGAUACGCUUACUGGAUUGGGGGCUACGUCCGACCAUCAUCACCGGCAGCAGCUUGCUCAUAAUCGGCAACUGGAUUCGAUAUGCCGGAUCCUCCUCCUCAACCAGCAACAAAGUCGCUGUCGUCGCCGUCGGCCAGGCUCUACUCGGUAUGGCGCAAUCGCUCGUUCUGAGCGCUCCGACGCGAUUUUCAGAAACCUGGUUCACAACCUCGGGGCGAGUAACAGCUACGGCGGUUAUGAGCUUGGCUAAUCCGAUGGGAGCAGCAGUUGGCCAAGUUGUUAAUCCCUUCUGGGUGAGCAAGUCCGCCGACGUUGCUUCCAUGGUCUUAUAUGUGUCCAUUAUUUCGUCAGCAGUCGCACUCCCCGGCUUCUUCAUACCAGAGGCGCCCCCCACUCCUCCAGCUCCAUCUGGUGUCACAAUGCGACUCCCAAUUCUAGAGUCUUUGCGCAGAUUGAUCACCUCGCUCGAGUUCUUCCUCAUCAUUAUCCCUUUCUGGGUCUUCACUGGCUUCUUCGUCGCCACAACCACUCUCAUCAACCAGAUCGUCAAGCCGUAUGGCUUUUCUGACACCGAGGCCGGCAUCGGCGGGGGUUUGCUUAUCGUUUUAGGGUUGAUAGCCUCUGGUAUUGUGGCACCCAUCGUCGACCGAAACAAGAAGUAUCUGCUCGUAGUCAAAUGUGGCGUGGUUCUUGGAGCGCUUUGCUACUUGGCCUUGAUAUGGGUGCCAACGUCUAGAGAGGUCGGUGCAUUAUACGCUCUUCUUGGUGUCUUGGGUGUUGCAUCACUUGCCAUUGUCCCCGUCGUCCUCGAGGUUCUGACGGAGCUUUCCUAUCCCGUCGGUCCCGAGAUCACAAGCACUAUUGCCUGGGCCGUUGGACAGCUACUUGGUGGCUGCUUCAUCCUACUUGGCAACGCGAUGAAAGCAGGACAGGACGCCCAUAUACCUCGGAAUCUGACAAACUUCGUCAUCUUCCAGGCUGUUUUUGCGUUGGCAUUGGUGCCCCUGCCUUUGUCACUAGGAUUGUUUGGGCGGGCUGACAAAGUUCUCCUCAAGCGUACGCGAAUAGAUUAG